GACGUUCCGCCUCCCGGAGACAUCAUCAGAAAACAUGACCAAAUUGGAGCUGCUCAACGCGUUUCUCAACGACAGGCUGACAGCGGCCGCCGAGGAGAUUUUCCGCGCCGUUAAGAACACGGUGGCGGAGUACCAGAGCGAGAUCCUGCGCUCCAAGGAGGAGAACGAGCGGCUCAAGCGGCUCCUCAACGUAGCCGUCCAGCGACUCCUGCUGCAGCCAGAGCCUCACUCUGUCCAGCCCCAAGAGGAUGCUCAGCCACGGGAGUCCGAGUGUAGAAUCGGCGUGGAGCUGCUGCCGCAAAUCAAAGAAGAGCCAAACCUCAAAAAGUGUCCGACGAAUUGUUCACAAGAAGCGAGCGACUCGGAGGAAGGAAGCUGUAGUCGCGUGGAGCCACCGCAGAGGUCACAUCCUCCGCCGGCACCAACAGUGUGCGGCAGACAGAGCGUGUCCCCAGCUCCACUCGCAUCCCAGGAGGUGAAGGCAGAGAGCGACGGGGAGGCUGACAGCUCACCGCCCUCCGUGACUGUUCAUUCAAACUGCAGAGCGGCUCAGGGCGAUUCUCGAGCCGGCGCCACAAAGAGUCACAGGACGCCGAGAACAGACCAGCUGGCGAGAGGGUUCCUGCGCUCAAACGGCAAACAGAGUGCACACAUACUGCAGAUCAAGAACGUCAGAUCCCUGAAGCCGCCGCCCUCUCGCUCCUCUCACCCGAGCCAGAGCAUCCAGAGGUGGCACAGCUGCAAGGACUGCGGGAAGGGCUUCAGCUUCGCCUGCCAGCUGGAGGUCCACAUGCGCUGGCACACUAAGGAGAAGCCAUACAGCUGCGCAGUGUGCCGGAAGAGCUUCACCACGGUCAGUAUGCUCAAGAGGCACCACCGGAUCCACACGGGGGAGAAGCCUUUCCGCUGCCACGUCUGCGGGAAAUGCUUCAACCAGUCGGCGCACCUCAACACCCACUUCAGGCUGCACACCAGAGAGAGGGCCGGCUGGGGCCGAGCACCGCACCCCAAGUGAACGAAGACUGGAGACUAACCCUGACAUGUGUACACUCUGAAAGGCUUUAAGUGGCCAAAUGUCAGCUGCAAACAGUGUACAAUAAUGGUGUGUGACUGUGUGUCUUGUCCCUUGUGCAAUAAAGUGUGGUACUUUACCAUUUAUGCUCCAAUGAUUGUGUUGUUGGACACUCUCAAAGGAAUUAAAGGGACAGUUUUGUGAGACUUUUGAGCUGCAGUUCAUAUCUUAGAUGUGCAGACAUGGCACACAACACGAGCAGAGAGAGCGUUAGACAGAGUAGGUUAUGUAGAACUGGAAAUGAGAACAAGUGCACCCAACAUGUCAAUUAUAAUGGCAAUUUAUAACCACAUUGUCACUGGCCUUUCUCACAACACACACAAGCAGGAGACCACAAGUACUAUUUAAUUUAAUAAUAAAGACAACGUUGCUGGGAGACAUAAAACCAAUCAUUGGCAGUAUUAGUUCAUAUUUAUGAAUACGAAUUAGCCAGAAAAAAAGAGCAUCACAAUGUGAGGGUGCUGUUGUGCACACAAGUAACCUAGCUAUAAUCACAGCAGGCUACCUUAGGGAAUGUACUUUGUUAUAUUGAAUCACUACAGUGAAACAACGCCUGGGUGCAGACCUUUAAAUCCGAGCUCAAACGAAGUGCAACAAGUUGGCAACUCUGUCUGAUAUCAUGCGAGCAAUUAUGGGAUAAGUGGGGAGUAUUUUCAGCAGCGGAUUAAUACACAUUUACUGCUGCAGUGAGUAUUUGUUUCAGUAGGUGUAUGUGGGUUUUACACUACAGUGUGUGUGUGAAACAGUGAGGCUAACUUGUGAUUUAAACACAGACCUCUAAUCAAACUAAAAGUCAUGUCAGUCGCUAUAGUCAUCAGUCUCAUCGCUCGGUAGUGAGGUGAGUCUUUAGUCAGUCAAGGUAAUGUCAACCAUGCUCUUUUCCUAAAACUGACUAAGUGGUUUUGUUACCUAAACCUACCUUCCUUUGAAGGCGGGAGCUUAUUUUGAACAGACACUAUGCAUGUGAGGAACGGAAACUGACAAGCCGUCCCUGACACGUCCAAAACUGAUGCAAGAAGGGAACCUAGAGCGUCAUAGUUUGGAUCACUGACAGAGCGAUGGUAUUUGACCAGUUGGGAGUGAGAAUGUUGGAUGACAAGAAGGAGUGAGUGUUCAGACUAGUAGAUCACAUCUGACCAUCUGUCUUCCUCUGUGUCUAUAGAUCAACAACAAGAUGUUCCACACACAGAGACAAACUCAACUAGAAGAGUGAUGUGAAGAUGAACAUGACUGUCUGCUUCUGAAAGAUCAGGAAAAAUGAAUGGACUGUACUUGUAUUUAUCUUUUCUAGUCUUCUGACCACUCAAAGCGCUUUAACACUACAUGUCAUCAUUCACCCAUUCACACACUGAUGGCAGGACUACCAUGCAAGGUGCCACCUGCCCAUCAUGACUAUCUAAUUAGUCCCACCCAUUCAUACAGCAAUUUUGGGGUUAAGUGCAAGGCACAAGGCAUCGUCACGGAUUGGGGAGCUGGGGAUCGAACCACCGAUCGUCUGAUUGAGGGACGAUCGGCACUGAGCCACAGUCGCCCAAUAGAAUCUCUGAAGUGAAGAGCUUUUCUUCAGAAAGUCAUUUAUGUGAUUUUCAUUUCAGCUUGAUGCUCGUGACAGUGUUCACUCUUUGCAUUAUGGGAAUAAAAACUACAUCAUGAACAAAAUGCCCUGAAGCUUAAUUGUGAGAGCUAAAUGAUGAUCAAUGACCAAUGUGCAAACUUAACAUGACUUGUAAAUUGAAAUCAUAACUCCACUUUUGAAGACUUGGAUCCUAAUUAGGAAACAGCAAAACAGUCAUGUGUCUAAACCUGUGAAGAAACAGCAUUGGACACAAUGAAAUAUUCAAAUGAUCAUACUGAACGCCUGCUGGCCCUCCUGUGGCCUUUAUCCCCUAAACAUAUUCAUUUAGGAAUGUGUCUCGUAAGAAGUAAUGAUGCUCUUUAAACUGGAUUUAAUAAUGCAGCUCACAGCUGAUGCAGUGGUGCUUUUUACCCAGCAAACAGCAGUGAAAAUUCAUGCAAACCAGUUGACAUACAGACAGCAUGGAGGGGCCUCACAGGCAUCUACUGUGUUUCCUGGUUGGUAAACCAGGACUAUUUCAAACCAAGAUCAUUUAUUUCUCUCAGUCAGGGGAAAAACAGGAAAUGGUUAAA